CACAGGCUUGUGGUGGGCUGUUAGUCUGCGUGAAGCUGGCAUGGCCUCCCUUCCCCUGCAUCUGUUCCCCAUUAGCAGAGCCGAGAGUAUAAAGCAGGGAGCUGACAGGGGCUGGGAACACUCGAGUUGCUGACUGGAUCAUGGGGUUUACUAUCUGGCUGUGCGUGCUCUGCCUGCAGGCGAGCCUGCUGUCACAUGCCCUCGACUGCUCAGGAGCAACCCAAGGAGAGCUGUGUGUCAGUGGACAGACCGCAGACGAACAGAAUGAUGAUCAGAGGCAGCAGAGGGCGCUACCCUUAAAAGAAGGACUGGUUCUCUUCAGACGUAAGAGACAGUUGGAGCGGAGGGGUCCCACCCACGUGAGUCACUCCAGCCAGCCCGGGGCUGUCUCUGUCAAAGGCUUCCCUAACACUCUCAUCCAGGCUGAUAGGUCCAGGCGACACUUGCCUCAAGCUGCAACUAAGAAAAAGAACAAACGUAAAUCCCGCGUCGGCUCCUUCUCCCUCCUUAGCAACGACAAGACAUCCACCCCCCUACAGGUGACCAGAGCAAAGAGACAGGUGAAAAACGAGAUGCCCAAACGGGGGAAGUCAGGCCGUUCUGGGGCCUUCUCUGUUCUGGGAGACCCGCAGAUUGACGAACAGUCUGACAGAUCCAAAAGAAGCAUACGGAAGACAAAUGCUGCAAAAUGAAAUGUUUUCUUAAUUUUGGUCAAUCCCAACAAGGGGUAUGGACAACAAAAAUGUGUCCAGAUGAUACCCAAAAACAAACCGAGGAUUGGUGGGAAAAUAUGACAUUUUUAAUAAGAACUUUGUAAUUGUCAUGUGUGUAUGUCCACUGUUACUGUUUCAAUUGUAAGCUUGUGCUAGCCUAGCUUACAUUUAUCAGCCAGUCUGCACUUAUGGAUACUUUUUAUAUACUAUUUUAAGUUUUUAAUAUAUAAUUGCAUGUCAUGAAAACACAUCACAAAAGUUCCCAUAUUAAUAUUAUAGUUCAUCAUUUUGUUGUAUUUUAUCACAGAUUCCUGAAGAUUGGAGGUAUAUUUUUGCAGAAAUGUUUCUUGUGUUGUUGUAACAGAUUUCAAUAAAGGUUUAGUAGACA